CUCAGAGGAGCUGCAGGGAGUGCGGGAGGCGCUUGUACCGGACACUGUGGUCUUGGAAUCGGGAUCUGCUUACGUAAGACAGCCCGGAGCCGGGAUCUACUCCAUUCACUGUCUUCUGGGAUCAGGAUCCUCCUACAAACAGCAGCCUGGGAUCUGGACUUACCUGGGUUACUCACAACCUCCUACUACAGGACCUGACACACUGACAAAAUGGCGACCAGCGGCUGCAUGAAAGUCACCAAGUACUUCCUGUUCCUGUUCAACCUCCUCUUCUUUAUUCUUGGUGCAGUGAUCCUUGGAUUUGGAAUAUGGAUCCUCGUGGACAAAACCAGCUUUAUAUCGGUCCUGCAGACCUCUUCUUGGUACCUGAGAACAGGCUCCUACAUUCUCAUCGCCGUUGGGGGUUGCACAAUGGUGAUGGGAUUCCUGGGCUGCUUGGGAGCAGUGAAUGAGAUCCGCUGCCUAUUGGGCCUGUAUUUCACCUUCCUUCUGAUUAUCCUGAUCGCUCAAGUUGCAGCCGGAAUUCUGAUUUACCUACAGCGAGAUACGCUAAAGACCGAGAUGUCCUCCAUCAUCCAUGAUCUGAUUGUCACAUAUGACUAUGAAGAUGGAAAGAACACAAGUUGUGAGACCACCUGGGAUUAUAUCCAGAGAAGUCUCCAAUGCUGCGGUUGGACCAGCUAUCAGAAUUGGACUGAGAACGCACUGAUUAAAAACUCCACCAAUGAGUAUCCUUGCUCUUGUAUGACAAACCAGACUUCUUCCAAUGGCUUCUGUGAGUACAAAGGUUCCUUGGAGUCGGCCGUGUACAAAGUGGGCUGCAUGCAGGGAGUAGAGAGCUGGCUGCAGGAUAACCUUGGCAUCAUUCUGGGAGUCUGCGUGGGAGUUGCAGUCAUCGAGCUCCUGGGUCUCAUCCUUUCCAUGUGCCUGUGCCGCAACAUUCAAAGCGAAGACUACACCAAAGUCCCCAAAUACUGAGAACAAGUUGCACCCCUGCAACCCCAACUUGCAUUCUGAUGAAAGGGGGAGAGGAAGGGUAUCGUCAACUCCCUGAGACCCUUCCACAGUCUCCCCAAAAAUGCCACCAUGCAUAUAAAAGCCCAGCCACAAAGACUAAGUUAAUGAACACAUUUUGUUUUUUAACCCCCUUUAAUAGGUAUGCUGGAUCCUUUGCAUCAAGUGUCUUAAAGCCCCAACACCCCACAACUAGGGAAAUGGUAGAAUAAAGGCAAAGUAGAAAGUAGUAUUUCUGUUUUGGGACGCAAGGGGGAACAUUGUAUAAAUAUAUAUAUAAAUAUGUGAUAUAGGGGGGAAGGACCAGACUCUUACUGAAUAGAAACUUUUAUUUCUGUAAAAAAAAAAAGCUUAAAAAAUUAGUUUUGUCUGUAAAUAAUUUGUUUGCCCUUAGUAACGCUAAUUUGCUGCUUGUGUGGACGGGGCUAUUAGUAUGUGGACAAACUUUUGUACAGGCAGAGACGGGAUCACAUGGAAUUGCCGUGUACUAAUCUGAGAUUGGUUUAAAGGCAAAGUAAUGAAACGCUUUUGUGAUAUUAUAUAACAUUCACGGAUUUAGGGUUUAUUUUUUUAUAGCUGGAUAGAGUUUAAUCAUUCAAGUUGACGUUCUUUGUUCUCAUUGGUUGUAAUAUUUACUAGUCAUCUGCCCUAUGUUGGAGGUGUGAUUUGUUGGCACAGUGGAGGCUUUUCUGACCAGUAGGGGCAGAACAGCCUUCAACAACAUGGAAUCUAAAGUCCUUCUAAAUAAGACAAUGGAUCCUUAUGGGAUAAAACACACGAGAGACAGAAGUCUCUGAAAUCCUUUGAAUGCAUCUACUUUGUCACACUCCCAUGGUGCCUGGAAGAUUCAUCCUUUAUGGAGCUCGAGGAGUUAAGUGGACACAGGGCACAUGGCGUCCUCUAAACUUGGAAACCAACAUUAGUAAGUGAUGGAGAUCUGGGGGUCUCCUGGAUUUAAAUGCCAGUGGCAAAUCUUCCAGGGUGGCAUUUGCCCUUUACAUGCAGGUGCCAGACUAAAGCUGUGUCCCCUCUGGCUUAUUUCUAAGUAAUUCCAAAGUGUGGGACCCCCAAUUACAUAAGAAAAAGCAAUGUUUUAUUUAACGUGUGUAAUCUCACAAUUAAAGGGUUCAGCUGUGUG